CACCCACACGAGCACCAAACUACGCCUAAACUCUUUAUCAUUCACAUAUAAAUUAAGACCUAGGGUUUUCAAAAUCCCCAAUUUUGUUCUCCCGUUGCGUUUCGAUUUGGGGUUUUUAUCUUCAAAAUUCGUGAAUUUUUGGCUAUUUUGGAGAUCAACUGGGUUUUUUACGGAAAUCUGGGUAUUUAUAUUAGUCCAUCUAUAAACAAUGCCUCCACGGGCGGUAAAGAGAGGAGCGGCGGCUGGGAAGAAGAGAACGUUGAGGAAGGUGCUGAGUCAGCAACAUCCGGAAGCGGCGGAGGAUGUGUUGAAUUUGGAGGUGAAACCGACGGUGGUUGAUGAGAAGCCCGUGGUCGUGGAGGAGGAGAAGAGCGUGUUUGUUGAAGAUAAGUUAGUUAUUGAUGAGAAGAAAGAUAGAGAAGGUGAGAUUGAAGCGAAUUUGGUCACCAAUGGACCGGCUUCUUUGAAAAAAGAAGAAGAGGGCAAGGAAUCUGUAGAUGAGUAUGAAAAAGAUGAGAGGUUAGAUUUUGAUGAUAACGAGCCUGAAUAUGAACCUGAAGAAUAUGGUGGGGUGGAUUAUGAUGAUAAGGAAAUUGAACAGGAGGAUGUUCAGGAGGUGGAAGAUGAAGUGGAGGAAGAAAAUGAGGAGGAGAAUGUUGGUGAAGAGGAACAGGGUGAGUUAGUAGAGGAGGAAUUGGAAGAGGAUCCUGAAGAACAUGAGGGUGAAGAGGAUGAUGAGCAUGCUGGUGAGGAGGUAGAGCAUGCUGAAAUGGCUGAUGUGGAGGAAGAGGACGAGCAUCAUGAAGUGUUCAAGGAGAGGCGCAAGCGGAAGGAGUUUGAAGUAUUUGUUGGGGGUUUAGACAAGGAUGCUACUGAGGAUGAUCUUCGGAAAAUAUUCAGCCGUGUUGGCGAGGUUACUGAAGUCAGGCUGAUGAUGAACCCCCAGACUAAGAAAAACAAAGGGUUUGCAUUCUUACGCUUUGCAACUGUUGAACAGGCAAAACGAGCUGUGACAGAACUCAAAAACCCAGUGAUCAAUGGGAAACAAUGUGGUGUUACUCCAAGUCAGGACAGUGACACCCUUUUUCUGGGUAACAUUUGCAAGACAUGGACUAAGGAAGCUUUGAAAGAGAAGUUGAAACAUUAUGGAGUUGAGAAUGUUAAGGAUUUGACCCUGGUAGAAGAUAGCAACAACGUGGGAAUGAACCGGGGAUUUGCGUUUCUUGAAUUUUCUUCUCGUUCAGAUGCCAUGGAUGCUUUUAAGCGUCUUCAGAAGAGAGAUGUUUUAUUUGGAGUUGAUAGGCCUGCAAAGGUGUCUUUUGCAGAUUCCUUCAUUGACCCUGGUGAUGAAAUCAUGGCACAGGUGAAGACUGUGUUUAUUGAUGGCCUGCCUGCCUCAUGGGAUGAGGAUCGUGUUCGGGUACUUUUGAAGAAAUAUGGAGAGAUCGAAAAGAUUGAGCUUGCACGGAAUAUGCCAUCUGCCAGGAGAAAGGAUUUUGGUUUUGUUACCUUUGAUACUCAUGACGCUGCAGUGACAUGUGCUAAAAGUAUAAACAAUGCAGAGUUGGGUGAAGGAGACAACAAGGCUAAAGUUAGGGCCCGCUUAUCAAGACCCCUUCAGAGGGGAAAAGGAAAACAUCUAAGUCGUGGAGAUUUCCGACCUGGGUAUGGAGCUAGUAGAGUUGUCAAGGGUCCAUGGGUUCGUCCUGUGCCGCAUAGCUACUCUACUCGUCCAGUCAGAGGAAUUGCAACUCGUGCUCCACCUUUCAGUCUAAAGAGUUCUACAGGAUUGAGAGAGAGACGUCCUCCCUUGAUGUCCAUGCCAGCAAGAAGCAGACCUCUGGCUCCGCCUUCUAGGUCCUUUGAGAGAAGACCACCUCCUCCAUCUUACGCAAAGAGCUUGAAGAGGGAAUAUGGUCGGCGUGAUGAGCCUCCUCCUUCAAGGAGCAGACCUGCUGUGGAUUAUGAUCCUAGGUCUAUCACUGAGAGACGCCCAUCUUAUAGAGAUGAAUAUUCUUCUCGUGGUACCAGCUAUGCUGAUCUUCCCAGAAGUACAUCUCGCAUGUCUGCAAGGAGAGCUUAUGCCGAUGAUGGCUAUAGUCAAAGGUACGAGAGGCCUCCUCCAAGUUACCGUGAAGGGCAUGGCCGUGAUUAUGAUUCUGUUGCUGGUUCAAAACGUCCAUAUCCGGCUAUGGAUGAUAUUCCUCCUCGUUAUGCUGAUGCUGGUGUGCGCCAUUCGAGGCCUCGUUUGGACUAUGAACUUGGUUCUAGUGCUUCUCAAUAUGGGGAUGCAUAUGGUGAUAGACUUGGGAGAUCUACUAAUGGAUAUGGGGGCAGCAGAAGUUCUAUUUCCAGUCAGGAUUCACAUGGGAUGUAUAGUAGCCGUCAGGGUAUGGGUUAUGGAGGUUCUUAUGGAGGCAAUGAUGGUGGAAUGUACUCAUCAAGCUAUGGCGGUGAUUACAUGUCUCGCAGUGGUGAUGUUGGUGGUAGCUCUUACUCGUCAAUGUACUCCAGUCGUGGAGGCAUGGGCAGCAGCAGCAGCUACAUGGGUACUGGUAGCUCAGGAUCAUACUAUUAGUAUUUGAGAUGACAAAGAGGCUGCUAUAGUGCUUACAUGCUUACAGUUUUGGAGGAUGUUGUCAAGUGUAAUAGGCCUCUAUAGUGGUGGAAAAGGAUGGGCUUAAAGUUCUGUAGAAUGAAAAGGUCUGCUUUUGUUCAAGUUUUUUUUAGAUCUGCAGACUGGAUAUUUAUCAAGUCUCAAGUCCACGCUGUAAGGAAACUUCACCUGUUUAGGAAUGGAAAUAAGAAUGCUUUGGUAUGA